AUGGCGCCCCAAAAGAUCAUUAUAGAUACCGAUCCCGGAGUGGACGAUAUGCUCGCACUUCUCCUCGCUCUCUCCGCCUCUCCCGACGAACUCGAGCUCCUUCUGAUUUCCCUCACCUUCGGUAAUAUCAACAUCGAGAACUGUCUCCGCAACACAGUCACGCUCUUCCAUGUCCUCGACCUCGAGAAACAAUGGCGCAGCUCCCGCGGCCUCCGCACCGGCUUCUCGGCCCUCGAAAAAACAAAGCCCAUUGUCGCUAUAGGCGCAGAUCGGCCCCUUGAGGAACAAUUAGUCACCGCAGACUACUUCCACGGCCUUGACGGCCUCGGCGGUGUCCACACUACUGCGCCUCAUUUCACCCCCUCCGAAACGUGGUCGCACAGCUUCGACUCCACGGCCGCCACCCCUACACCCCCAAACUUCACACCCUCCUCCACACCCGCCCACCUUGAGAUCCUCCGCAUCCUAGCAGACAACCCGCCGGACACAAUAACCAUCAUCGCCGUCGGGCCGCUCACAAACAUCUCCCUCGCCGCAACCCACGACCUCACAACCUUCCUGCGCGCCAAAGAGGUCGUGAUAAUGGGCGGCACCAUCGACUACGAGGGCAACGUCACCCCCGUCGCCGAGUUCAACCACUACGCCUGCCCAUACUCCGCCGCCCACAUCUAUGCGCUCACCUCGCCGAACCCCGCCAGCACGCUGCCAAUAGGGAGCAGCUUCGCGCUCGAGGAGGCCCCCGAGAAGCCGCUGAAGCUUAGCAUAUUCCCCCUGGACAUCACCAUGCACCACCUCCUCAGCGAAGCAACCUGGCGGGCCGCCACGGCGGACCUGAAGGAGAAGGGCAGCCCGCUGGCGCAGUGGUGCGACAUCUUUGUGACGGCAACGUUCCAGAAGAUGAAAGACAUCUAUCUCAAGAGCGCCGGCGAGGCCGGGAGGCGGGACACGGUCGACAUCAGCAUGCACGACCCGCUGUGCGUGUGGUACGCCAUCUCAGCGCUUGCACGCGGGGAGGGGGGGUGGGUUGUGCACGAGGGACGGGACAUCAGGAUCGAGGCGGCGGGGCAGUGGACCAGGGGCAUGUGUGUGGUUGACCGGCGGCCCAAGAAGGUUGAGGAGAACCUGGCGGAGGCGGUCAAGUUGGGGGAUGUGGGGGUCUGGCUGCAUAGAGGGCAUGGGAACCGCGUGAGGCAGGUGGUGAAGAGUCCCGAGGGGACGGAUGGGAAGUUUGGUGGGUGGAUGCUGGAGAGGAUCUUUGAUGUGGUGUUGUAG